AGAGCGAUCAGUUGAAAAACUGACUUCGAGCCGAACGGAAUCGCGUUGUCGGAGAAGUGAUCGAAAUAAGUAGCAGUCGCGGCAUGAAACAGAAUCGAGUGCUUGAAAGUUUGUUCUAAUGAAAUGAUUCAACCCUAGACGCGCUAUCGCCCCCCACUUGGAUUACGGUCAGCGCGAGAGCAACAACGAAAAAUAGAAGGAAAUCAAGUGAAAAUAGAAAAAGGCGAGAAACAUAAGAAAAUUAAUUUAGAUAAAUCGCCGAGAAAAAUUCGGAUGUGUUGAUGUGAGUGCUGUGUUCUGCCGUCGGAGGUGAUUGUGCAAAGAUCUAUAUAAAAAAAAAUAGAGAAAAGGCAACCUUAAAAAUCCCAAACAAAAUGGGAAACAAAUAAUCGGGAUCCCAUAGACCAAAACUCCAAAAUUCCCCACUUAACCAGAUAAUCAACUUCCCAGGUUGAGUCACUAUCCAAGGGAUCCUCCACCAUCCAUCCACCCACAAUGCUGGCCACCAGCCAUAUGCUCUACGUCCUCAUCGCCAGCUGCGUGAUGCCCAUUUUUGGGGCGGCCCUGAGCAAGACGGUUCUUUACCAGGCCCCGGACGAGUGCCGCUGGUCCGGCGGUGGAGAGCACGACAUCACCCUGGUGUGCCACCUGCGCACGAUCAACUCUGAACUGGAGAACACCAAUUUCAGCGUAAUCCAGCCCCACAAUACGGUGCGUUUGAGGCUAGAGUGCAACGAUGCACUCUUCUUCCAGAGCAGCCUCAGUCCGGACAGCUUUAGGUCGUUGGUGGAGCUCAGGGAUCUUACCAUUGAGUAUUGCAAGCUGGGCAACCUUACCGAAGGCUCCUUCCGGGGUCUGCACGAGCUACGCAACCUUACCAUCCGCACUCACAAUGGGGACUGGUCAACCAUGUCCCUUGAGAUGGCCUCCAACAGCUUUGCGGACUUCAGACAGCUGGAGAGGCUGGACCUAAGUUUGAACAACAUCUGGCUGAUACCCGACGGUAUGGUGUGCCCACUAAAGUCCUUGCAGCACCUCAACGCCUCCUACAACAAGAUUCAAGACAUCAGCAACUUCUACUUCAGCGCCUCGCUGAGCUCGCGGAAGGCGCGGGUGUGCGGCUCGACGUUGCAGAACCUCGACCUGAGCGCCAACAAAAUGGUCAGCUUGCCGUCGGCCAUGUUGUCGGCCCUGGGGCGGCUGACCCACUUGAACAUGGCACGCAACAGCAUGAGCUUUCUGGCGGACCGUGCCUUCGAGGGUCUCGUCUCGCUGCGUGUUGUGGAUCUGUCUGCGAAUAGACUGACAUCGCUGCCUCCUGAGCUCUUCUCGGAGACGAAGCAGCUACAGGAGAUCCAUUUGAGGAAUAAUUCGAUUAAUGUAUUGGCGCCUGGGAUCUUUGGGGAGCUGGCCGAGCUUCUGGUCCUCGACUUGGCCAAUAAUGAGCUGAACUCGCAGUGGAUCAAUGCUGCCACAUUCGUGGGCUUGAAGCGGCUCAUGACGCUGGACCUGUCAUCCAACAAGAUCAGCCGCCUGGAGUCGCACAUCUUCCGGCCGUUGGCCAGCCUUCAGAUCAUAAAGCUUGAGGAGAACUACAUCGAUCAGCUGCCGUCGGGCAUCUUCACGGACCUCACCAACCUGCACACACUUAUUCUGUCCAACAACCGCAUCUCGAUUAUCGAGCAGAGUACCUUGCAGGGUCUGAACAACCUGCUGGUGCUCUCCCUAGACUACAACCGUAUUAACCGGCUGGACCCGCGAUCUUUGAUCAAUUGCAGCCAGCUGCAGGACCUCCACCUCAAUGACAACAAGCUGCAGGCGGUGCCGGAGGCCCUAGCACAUGUGCCCCUGCUUAAGACCCUGGACGUGGGGGAAAACAUGAUCAGUCAGAUCGAGAAUACGAGCAUAACCCAGUUGGAUAAUCUCUACGGGUUGCGCAUGACGGAGAACUCUCUCACGCACAUACGACGAGGGGUGUUCGACCGAAUGAGCUCUCUGCAAAUCCUAAAUCUAUCCGGCAACAAACUGAGAACCAUUGAGGCGGGCUCGCUUCAAAGGAACACCCAGCUACAGGCUAUCCGCCUGGACGGCAACCAGCUCAAGUCCAUUGCAGGCCUUUUUACCGAGCUCCCCAACCUGGUCUGGCUAAACAUAUCGGGGAAUCGGCUGGAAAAGUUUGACUACUCGCACAUACCCAUCGGACUGCAAUGGUUGGACGUGCGGGCCAAUAGGAUCACACAACUGGGGAACUACUUUGAGAUCGAAAACGAGCUGAGCCUGAGCACCUUCGACGCCAGCUUCAAUCUGCUGACGGAAAUCACGGCCAGCUCGAUACCCAACAGCGUGGAGGUGCUCUAUCUAAAUGACAAUCAGAUCAGCAAGAUCCAGCCAUACACGUUCUUCAAGAAGCCCAAUCUCACCCGUGUCGAUCUCGUGCGCAACAAGCUGACGACACUCGAGCCGAAUGCACUGCGGCUUUCGCCAAUCGCCGAGGACCACGAGAUACCAGAGUUCUACAUCGGACACAAUGCGUAUGAGUGCGAUUGCAAUCUGGAUUGGCUGCAGAAGAUCAAUCGCGAGUCACGCACCCAGCCACAACUCAUGGACCUCGACCAGAUCUACUGCAAGCUGUCUUAUGCGCGCGGCGCUACACAUGUCUCCCUCAUUGAGGCCAAGUCGAACGACUUCUUAUGUAAAUACGACUCGCACUGCUUCGCUUUGUGCCACUGCUGCGAUUUUCAAGCCUGCGACUGCAAGAUGGAGUGCCCCGACCGCUGCUCCUGCUACCACGACCAGUCGUGGACAUCAAACGUGGUCGACUGCAGUCGCGCUUCCUACGAGCAGGCUCUGCCUUCGCACAUACCCAUGGACGCCACGCAGCUAUAUCUUGACGGGAAUAACUUCAAGGAGCUGCAAAGCCACGCUUUCAUCGGCCGCAAGCGCCUGAAGGUUCUCCAUCUCAACCACUCGCGGAUCGAGAUCCUUCACAAUCGCACAUUUUACGGUCUCCUGGAGCUGGAGGUGCUACAGCUGCAGAGCAACCAGCUGAAGAUGCUGAAUGGCAACGAGUUCCAGGGCCUGGACAACCUUCAGGAGCUCUACUUGCAGCAUAACGCGAUAGCCACCAUCGACACGCUCACAUUUACGCAUUUGUACCACCUGAAGAUCCUGAGGCUGGACCACAAUGCCAUCGGCUCUUUCGCCGUGUGGAAUUUCCUGCCCAGCUACCUCAACGAACUGCACCUGGCCGGCAAUCACUGGAGUUGCACUUGCGAGUUCAUCGAUAAGUUGCGGGAUUACAUAAGCCGACACGACUAUGUUGUGGACCGUCCGAAGCUGCGCUGCGAGUCAGGCGGGAAUAGCUCCCGGGAGAUGGCUAUUUAUGCCAACGCGGAUUCCGCCCUACCCGUCGUUCAGUGUAGUCAGACCCUGCCCCUGGGGCUGGACAACAGCUACAACUUUGCCGAGCAGGCGGGCAGCGAAGGUGGAGCCCUGGCCGGCAACAUGACGUCCACGAAGAUGAUACUUAAUCAGCCGCCCAAGCAGGACUACAUCCCCAUUCUGGUGGCCAUUCUCACAGCCUUCAUCUUUAUCAUGAUAUGCACUCUUCUGGUUUUCAUCUUCCGCCAGGAGAUGCGCGUCUGGUGCCACUCUCGGUUUGGCGUGCGUCUUUUCUACAACGGCCAGAAAGAUGUGGACAAAAACGAGCGCGAGAAGCUCUUCGACGCCUUCAUUUCUUACUCCUCCAAGGACGAGCUGUUCGUCAACGAGGAGCUAGCCCCGAUGCUAGAAAUGGGUGAGCACCGUUACAAGCUCUGUUUGCACCAGCGGGACUUCCCCGUGGGCGGCUACCUGCCCGAAACCAUCGUUCAGGCCAUCGACAGCAGUCGGCGCACUAUCAUGGUCGUCAGUGAGAACUUUAUCAAGUCUGAGUGGUGUCGCUUCGAGUUUAAGUCCGCCCAUCAGUCGGUUCUGCGAGAUCGCCGCCGUCGCCUGAUUGUCAUUGUCCUUGGAGAGGUGCCCCAAAAAGAGCUCGAUCCCGAUCUGCGCCUGUAUCUGAAGACAAACACCUAUCUGCAGUGGGGCGACAAGCUCUUCUGGCAGAAGCUGCGAUUCGCUCUGCCUGACGUAUCUUCCACCGCGCAGCGCUCCGUCGCCGGCCAGUCCUGCCACGUGCCCAUCAACCAUGCGGCUUACCAUCAUCACCACCAUGUGCACCAGCAGGCUCUUCCCCUGCCCCAUCCCGGCCAUCAUCAUCAGCAGCAGCAGCAAUUUAUGCUUCCUCCUCCCCCCCAGCAGACCGGCAGCUUUCGUCGUCAGCCCUCAAUCCAUCAGCAGCAACAGCACCAACAGCAGCAGGCAGCUUUGAUGAUGGGUGGAGUGCAGGUGGGUGUGCCUUCCCCACAGAUGAUCCCCCUGGCGGGUGGAAUCCAGCAGCAGAGUCUACCGCUGCCCCCAACACAGCCCACACCGGCUUCGCGCAAUCUGCACAUGUGAGUGGGUGAGAGAUAGAAAGAGAUGUACGAGUAUGGAGAAACUUAGAGGUUUACGGAGAAAAACUCAAAAAUAGCUGGAGGUGAAGCGAGAGAAAGAGAGAGAGAAAGAAUAAGACAGGAGAACGUCAUAUUACGUACUCAUUGGAUAAGGAAUCCCCCUAUGUAGAGCCACAGAAAUAAUGAAAAAUACUGAUAGAUACUUCUUUGAAUUAACAAAUUCAUUGUAGAAGUAGUGGAUGUAAACCACCACCCCCCAACUUACAGACAGAUCUCUACUUAAACUUGCAAAAAAUUCCUGGAGUGGAGUUACACACAGGUCUGACUGAAAUGAAAUGGAAAUUGCAUUCAAUAUGCAAAUUAUAGCGUUUAGCGAUAAAAGCCUAGUUACCGGCUGGAAUAGAAAA